CGGAGCCCGCGCACGCCGCGCCCCGCCCCCUCAGCACGCAGGCUCCGCGCGAGCUCGCGCACGCGCGCGCGCGCGCUCUUCAGAGCCUCACUCUGGCCAGCGGGGACCGACGGGCGGAGGCUGGGCUGCUGAAGUACGAGGGGCGGAGCCCGGGCCGCCGCCGCCGCCGCCGCCGCCGCCGCUGCCGUCGCCGCCGCUGCCACCAGAGAGGAGCAUGUCUGCAACUCGAGCCAAGAAAGUGAAGAUGGCCACCAAAUCAUGCCCCGAGUGCGACCAACAGGUUCCUGUUGCAUGUAAAUCAUGUCCCUGUGGUUACAUAUUUAUUAGCAGAAAACUUUUAAAUGCAAAACACCCAGAAAAAUCACCAUCUUCUACAGAAAACAAGCAUGAGGCCAAGAGGAGGCGAACAGAGAGAGUUAGGCGAGAGAAGAUAAAUUCUACAGUAAAUAAGGAUUUAGAAAACAGAAAGAGGUCUCGAAGUAACAGCCAUUCAGAUCAUAUCAGACGAGGAAGAGGAAGACCUAAAAGUGCAUCUGCCAAAAAACAUGAGGAAGAAAGAGAGAAACAGGAAAAGGAAAUUGACAUCUAUGCUAACCUCUCUGAUGAAAAGGCUUUCGUGUUUUCAGUCGCCUUGGCAGAAAUAAAUAGAAAAAUUAUUAAUCAAAGACUUAUUCUCUGAUAUUUGUCUGCAAAAUGUGUUGAAACUUUCUUCAGGAUUACAUCAGCAAAUUCUCAAACAGUUAUGAACUCCCAGGAGCAUUCUGACUGCAUCAAUAAGGGCCAUUGAUUGUUUUUUUUUCUUUAUCAUUUAGCCUGUGGCACACUUUGGGAGCAAAGCUGCAGGCUUGGACUGUUCUGGGAUUUCCUUGUUUACCAAGGAGUAUUGUCAGUGUUUUGUGUUUGGGAUAUAGUGUAUUAACCCCCACCCCCCACUGAAAAAAAGAAAAAAUGCUGGAUGGCUUUUACAAGAUUAAGGGGUAGGGUUGGGAGUGGAAGUAAGGAAACUAGAGAAAUAAAAUGAUAGUUUGCAGGUUUGCCACCAGAGAUGCAAUAUUUUAAAUACUUUGAGAAAGAGUGACUUUUAAAAAUAUAUAUUUCAGAUUUUCAGCACUAACAUUGCAUAUUUGCAGUUCAUUUAGUAAAUUGGCAGUUGAUAUUUUAUUGAAUGGGGAAUUAAUAAUAUAGACUGUAAAUUUUGUCUUAAAUUGAUUUUUUUCUUGGCCUUUAUUUUUAUAACUUAAGGUAUGAGUUAUAUUUUAGAAGCUACUUUCUAGUUUGGAAGUUUGGGUGCUAUAUGAAGAAAAACAUUUAAGGAUAUAUCAUACUUCAGAUAUUAAACACCUUGUUUUCUUGAAUGUAAUUUAUUUAUUAAUUAAAAAAAAUACUUUUUUGCUCUCAAGAUGGUGCCUGUUAACCUAAACAUAAAAUAUAUUUAUUACAUGCAAAAUAUUUCUUAGAUAGCCACUUUGAAGCAGUAAUGUUCUUUCUGAAUGGAUGUUCAUUUAUACAUCCUGAAAAUUAUUUAAAUUGUUACUUAACCUCACUCUGGAGGAAAAAAAUAAACCUUAAUAUUGAAACUAAUAGAUUAAAUAGUUUGGUAUAAGCUUUUUGUUCUAGUGAAGUUUUGUGAACUGUAUUUAAAUUAUUAAUUUUCUAGUGUUAAAUGAUAAUUGUUUAUAUUUGAUUUGUUUUAUAUAAAUGCUUUUGCAUUUUUGUAUAUCGAUUUAAUGCUUAACAUAUUCAAACUUGAUAAUGAUUUCCCUUAUUUUAAGUGGACUGUGGCCUCCCCGCACCCCCGCUCCCCCAUCUGUUUGGAAGUCCUGAAGCCUUAUUAGGGAAUGUAGGCAGCAGUUAGACUUAGCCCUUACUUAAGAGAACUUUCCUUUUUAAUUUCAACAACAGCAUUGUCAGCUUCAGAGUGCAUCUCCCAUUACCUCCCAGAAGAAAAGAGGUUUACCUUUUUUUCUACUUUAUUUAAAUGGUAGCCAGCAGAGGGAGCUUAAGAGGUUCUCUAGGUAGGAUGUAGGAUUUUUCCUAAGAAUUCCUUUUCCCUCAAUCCCCAUAUUUACCUGCAAGUACUACUACAAUUAUCUUGUAUGCAUUUUAAAGCCCUAGUAAUAAAGUUUAUUCCCAGAAAUGUUAAUGUGAUUUUAUCUAUGAAAUAUAAGAAAAGUUUAAAUUUUGAGGAAAAAACUUAAGAUUAAUAUCUAAAAAUGCUUGUGAACUUAAUAUAGGCAUACCUCCAAAAUAUUGUGGGUUCAGAUUCAGACCCCUGCAAUAAAGCAAAUAUUGCAGUAAA